GCACCUGCCCCUGUUGGGGUGUGGGGGGUCCCCGCUGUGUCGGCGAGGGCUGGGAAGGGCAGAGCGUGUGUAUGGUCUGAGGGGGCAAAGUGAGUUUCUAAAGGAAAGGGAGCGAGGGAAGGGAACAGGCAGUUUCUAGGGGCCCCUAGUGGGGUGAGGGCGGCGUGGAAGAAGUGGAGAGUUCCUAGGGGCCCCUGGGAAGGCUAUAAAGUGGAAAUUGGGGGGGGGGGGUAUGUUUAUCAGGCAGGCAGCUUUGCAAGGUCCCCAGAAGUCUCCUUAAGGCAGGUGGGUGGCACAGGAUCGGAUAGGCCAGGGGAAGAGGAAAGGAGGCUGAAAGGGGCAAGGAGGGGCGCUGCCUCUUUUCGUCGCCUGUCUCCCGGGACUGCUGGGAGCUGCGAUGAAUGGUUUCAGCACGGAGGAAGACAGCCGGGAUGGGCCUCCUACUACCCCCUUUUACGGUCAGAGCUGCUGCCUCAUCGACGACGGGGACCGCUGUGUCCGCCCGGCUGGCAAUGCCUCCUUUAGCAAGAGGAUCCAAAAAAGUAUCUCUCAGAAAAAGCUGAAACUGGAUAUUGACAAAAGUGUAAGACACUUGUAUAUAUGUGACUUCCACAAGAACUUCAUUCAAAGUGUUCGAAACAAAAGGAAAAGAAAGACCAGUGAUGAUGGGGGAGACUCUCCUGAACAUGAAAUAGAUGUCCCAGAGGUUGAUUUGUUUCAACUUCAAGUAAACACACUGCGCCGGUAUAAAAGACAUUACAAGUUGCAAACCAGACCUGGCCUCAAUAAAGCUCAACUGGCCGAAACUGUCAGUCGCCACUUCAGGAACAUCCCAGUGAAUGAAAAGGAGACACUUGCUUACUUCAUCUACAUGGUAAAGAGUAACAAGAGCAGAUUGGAUCAGAAGUCAGAAAGUAGCAAACUAGAAUGAAGACUAGGCAGAUUUUGGACACAAGCAGUUGAAGAGGCAGGCACAUGUGCAAAGCCUCCUCUAGUAGCCCAGAUUGCAACAGUCGGCCCAACGCUAAAGCAAAUAAGAAAGCAAGGCUAAAAAGCCCUUUCCUAGGGUGAACAGCUACUGCAAAAAAGAGACUGGUUGAAAGCCACGCUUGAGGUUACUAGGAGCUGCCAGUGGCCUUUAGGUCUUGCAGUGAAGAACUCUAACCUAACUUGUGUCUCAAAGAAUACACAGUUCAUAGGCAACCAUUUAUCAGUGUUUAUUUCAGUUGAAAAUAGAUAUUCAAGAAACAUGGAUACAUAUCAAGAUAUUUUCAGGCAGACUCAUCCUAGGAUGUGUACAUUUAGUACAUAUUUUGCACUUAGCAUACGUAUGAAUAAGUAAAUGAAAAAAAUACUGAAAUAUUUCAGAUUGUUACCACUUUCCCUUUCAGUGAAAGAAUGAAUUAAAAUAGCCAUCAGAUCAGUGAAAUAAUCUUUCUAAUUGAAGGCUUAAAGAAAUAGUCUUUAAUUUUUUUCUGUGGCUUCCAAAUAAUUCAACUUUGCAGCCUGAUGACCAUAGCAAAAUGCCCCUCAGAGAGUAGCACCAAAUGCCUCACUUCUAGACCAAAAAUGUAAACCUUAUAAUGUUGUAGUGUCAGGGCUUAUUUUUUAAAGCAAAUGACUGAGAGUUUCAGCCGCCAACAUCAAAAUGACUCGACUUUAAAAUCUAGUGGCACAAGCUGUCUUUUCAGGAGCUGCUUUGGAGAUUAAAUCAAGGAAACAGGUUUUCCCAAAUGGGUUAAUUGGUGGGAAAUAUGAUUGUUAUACUUUAUACAAGAAAAUUAAUAUUUUCAGGGUUUAAAACUAUUUGUUGAGAUUAAGGAAUCUCACCAUCGGAUCUGACAAACUGAAUCCUGUUGUCUUUUAGAGACAUCUGUAUAUGCCUUAUUCUCAGCUAGACCAACAGAUGUUGAGCAAAUGUCUUGGUGGAUAGUAUGGGCCAUUUUCAUGGCUUACUGUGCUAGAAACUAAUCCUGUUAGCAAUAUCUAUAUUCAGGGAGAAGCCUGUGGUUCUUGAACAUCUUGUGUAGAAUCACCAAAAAUGCCACAAUGCAGUUGUUUCAUAUAAUGGCAGAUUAUGCUGCAUGCCAUUUAAGGAAACCUUUCAAUUCCUUGUGGUUUUAAUAAAACCUUCAUCAGCAUUUUUGAGCUUCAAAGGGUAUGAAUCCUUAAGCAAUCGCUAAAAUUAAUAGAAUAUGUGGGAACAGAGUCACAUUGACAUGUUCAUUCAUACAAACUGGUGGGUUGUGUUUUAUCUUGAUUAUAGUCAAAUACAAGUUUUAUCUAGGUUUUAAGCUGUUCAGCAAUGAACUUUGGCCUGGGAGUAACUGUUUUCAUACUUAAGAUUUAGUAGUGGAAACAUAUCAGACCACAACUGUACUGAAUGGAACUUCAAACCAAAAUAUCGGUUUGAAACUUUCAGACCCAUUUAAGGAUUCACUUAAAACUAGAAGGGCCAUUUUUUUGUUUUUGUUUUUUUGUUUUAGAGGGCUUUGCAUCAGAGCCGAAGACCUUAAUGUGGCACAUCUUCUAUAAUGAGGUUAACUUAAUCAAAGAUGGUGGUCCUCAGUGCAUUAGCUGUUGUACUAGUAGUUAUAGCACAAUAAUUUUUGUUCAUGCCUUGAAUUGAAUGAAGGAAAGAGCAAAGGGAAGGGUAAUGUGCAAUGACAAUUGUAAUUCUGGUAUUACACUUUUAUGAAUAUGUGGUACUGUUCAUAAAGCAGUCAGACCCUUUUGAGAGGGUGUCUUGCCCUGUUGGUUCAGUUUCCUAUAUUAAAUGCAAGUAAUGUCAUAAAUUAUUAUUCGGAAGGGACCAUCUUGAUGUCCUCACAUAUUUGAGUCUUGGAUUCACAAGUCUAAAUCAAACAUUGGUUUCUGCCACCUGAAAGAUUUGUCAGUAAAAAACUUUUAUGUAGGCCAGCAAAGCAUUUUUAAGCCAAAGUAGCCCAUGGCAAGAGUAUUUUUCUGACUUUGAAAGCAGAAUAAAAAGAGCCAUGAGCAAGAUAUAUCAGAAAUGCAGCUGUUGGUGACUUGCCUGAGAGAGCUCUAUUAAACAGUAUUCUAAAUUUUAUAUAAUAAGUAGAUUAGCCAAAUGCAAAUAUGUGGGGGAUGGGAGGAGGGAAUUGGGAACCUUGCACUUUACCUUGUGUUUAUAAAUCCUAAUGUAAAUAAGAUGGAGAUGUGGCUGGAAGAUAACAUCUUGAUAAAGGUGUCACUUCACCCUGUGCAUUGAGAUGAGGGACUGCAGAAUCAUUUGAAAACAAGCAUUUCACUGCCCUCAAAACUGAUUAAACGGUCGUACUAUGAUGAAGCAGAAUAUAAUUUGUCCCUCAGUUGUGGUAUUCCACCUGCUCUGUUGUGAUUCUACAUGUGUUGGGCUUUUAUUCUUUAAAGGUGAUAAUUAAUGGUGCAGGGUAAUUUUUGCUCUUCUGUAGAAUUUAUUCUCAUCAGUUCCUUAAUUAGAUGUUAAAUUUCUGCUGUUUUUGGAGGGGAAGGGGCUUAUGCCUUAAACUCAGAUUUUUAAUGAAAUAAGAUUUAUGAGAUGUUUAGCAAUAGUGUUUUUUUCUGCAGUUAAUUUUUUACAUCUUUCAAGCAUAGGCUUAUGAAGUUUGCCUUUUAUUGCAUUGCCUUUGUUCUCCUUUGUUGUCCUCCUGCACAGUAGACAAAUACGAACACAUAGUGACUAAUGUGUUUUUACACCCCUUUGACUUGUAACAAACUUACUGGAAGAAAACAGCUGCCUUUCCAUUCAUUCGUUGUGGUGGGUCUUCAUGUCUUGUACUGAUCUUUAUGCCAAAUGUUUUGGGUAAAUUUGUAUUUUUAAUUGUGAAAUAUAACUGUGUACCCUUAAAGCAAUCUAGUAACUUAUAGUGGAACUGUAGAAUUCUUUUCUCGGAGAUGUAUAGUGCAUCCUUCCACUGUGUAUAUGACUUAAAACUAUGUACUGUUGGACAAAGAUAUAAAUGCCUGAGAUUCAUUUCUAAUAAAUGAUCAGUUGAGCAACCAAA